AACCUCAUUUCCCCCCUCCAACACAGUCAAAACCCCCCAUUUUUUCACUCAGCUUCAUCCUCUCUCAACAAUGGCGGAGAAUCAAGAACAAGUGGAGCCAAAGGAGAGGCAAAUCCCGGUUUUCACAGUCUUGAAGAACUGCUGCAUACUGAAGAAUAUCUUCGUUUUGGAUAAUCCUCCUCCGAUUUCUUCAUCUUCCUCAGGGGAAAUUUCCGGUCAGAAACCGGAAAUUGAAGAGGUAUUGCUGGUGGGGAGGCACCCCGAUUGCAAUAUAAAGCUGGAGCACCCGAGUAUCAGUAGAUUCCAUCUCCGCAUUCACUCCAAGCCUGAUUCUCGAUCACUUUUCGUCACCGAUUUAUCAUCGAUCCAUGGGACUUGCAUUUCUGGGAAAAGAAUCGAGCCGGGGAUCACAAUGGAGCUAGUUCCAGGCGACACGCUGAAGCUCGGGGAGUCGAGUAGAUUGUACAGACUUGGCUGGGUUCCGAUCAGCUCGGCUUAUGAGGUAAACGACCCGUUUGUACCUCAGCUGGAUGCGUUGGACAUUGUCGAUGAAAACACACAAGGAGCGGAUCAGGAAGAGAAUCAUCUGUCUCAUGAAAAUGAAUUGGACCGGGAUCUGACUGACGAAAUAGAAGCUAUAAUGUGGCAAUUCUCUGAGGAGAAUCAAGGUUUGUCCGGGCAAGAAACGGCUGCAGAAGUAGAGAACAGUCGCUCACCUGAAAUAUUCAAUGACGAAAAUAAAGCAUCUGAGAUGUUCAAUGACGAAAAUGAAGCAUCUGAAAUGUUCAAUGACGAAAAUGAAGCGUCUGAAAUGUGCAACGACGAAAAUGAAAUCUCUGGCAGCCAGUUGUUGUCGUUGGGUGCAUCAUUUUCUGGUGAUGGUAAUGAAGAAGCGGAAGAGGAUGAUGAAGGGAAUUAUCUAAUUGAAACUAUGGAGGAUCGGCCGUUAUGUGAAGAGGAAACAACGCCUCCACGGCCAGAAGAUGAAGCGGAGAUUGUCAGUUCGCCUGAGAUAUGCAAAGAUGAAAAUGAAUUCUACAGCAGUCAGCAAGGCCGCAUUCCAUUGACAGAAAUCGUGGAGGCUUCUGAGAUACGCUCGGAGAAAAGGUUAGGUAUGAACAUUUGGUCGAGGAGAGGUAAAUCCGAAGGCGUCAAGAUCAGAACCAGCAGAAGCAAGGCGGCUUGCACGAGCAUUCAUAUGAGCGCGCAGGUCAGAUCACUUCUCGUUGAAGAUCGUGUGAAUAAACCAAUGGUGAAAGAUCAGUGUGGUGCUAGUCCGGAUAAGGAUGAAGAGAACUUCAUCCCGAACAAGGAGAACGCCUCCCCAGAUUCCUGUCUAGUUAGAUCCUUGGGAAAGAAAUUCGACCAGGCUUUGAAGAGCGAAUCAGUCUCAGACGAUGAAAGUUUCACUUCAGAUAAGGAGAACAUGACUCCAAACAGCCAUCUUCUUAAGUCCAUCAAGAAUGUCGGGAGCUCUCAAGAAGCUAGGUGUCCAAACUUGCACACACCUUCGCCCUUGAAGAUCGAUAGUCGCGUUAUUCUACAGGAACUUAAAUCAGUUUCCAAAAGCCAUUGUGUUUUCAAGGCAGCAGAACGGGAACCGUUUCUUCCGCUGCCUGUGGUUUCCAGCGGUGAUAAUAAGUCCACACCGACACCUCCAGUUCGUGAAUGCAUGGAGAGGGAAGGAAGAUGUGUCAAUUACUCCAAGGCGAGUGGGAACAGGUGGAUUAUUGUAGUAGACACUGGUUGUCUGCUGAACAAGAAGUCGAGGAGAGAGCUGCAGCUGUUGAGAGGUCUCCGAGGGACUUCGUUGGUCAUUCCAAGAAUCGUUUUGAAGGAGCUCGACUGCAUGGUGAGGCGCGCUAGUUUCCUGUCAAGAAUGACGGAGGCUUCUUCCGCGCUGCAAUGGAUCGAAGAAUGUAUGGCUUCAACAACGUGUUGGAUUCACGUGCAGAGCUCAGCAGAGGAGAGCAGGCUCGUUCCACCAACUCCGCCUGCUGCUGCCCCGGCGCGCUGGUUAAGCGAGGAGGAAGGUGCAUUCCCUGUCGGCUCAGCCCCCUUUUCUCCCUAUACUUUGCAAGAAAUCGUCACUCCAUCCCCUGCAGACCACAUCCUCGAAUCUGCUCUCUACUUCAAGCAAGCCAUGGACGGGAAACUUGUCCUUCUCAGUGAUGAUGUCACUUUAAAGAUCAAAGCCAUGGCCGAGGGUGUCAUCUGCGAGACAGCUAGAGAAUUUCGCACCAGUCUUGUCAACCCUUUCUCAGCGAGGUUCUUGUAUUCCGACAGCUCUCCAAGAGGGGCUACUUGGACCUGUGUGGAUGAUACAGUCCUUAAGGAGAAAUACUACCCGAGCCCCAAGAAGAAGGCUACAAGAUCGGGAGACGGAGCUAAAGGUUUGAAGCUGAUACUGCUGCACAACUCCAAUUUCAGACAGAUGAGAGCUUAGGCUGUUGAGAAUUUAUGCCCUAAAUUUGAGUGCUUCUCAAUGGCUCAAUUUAUGUUACUAUAUUUUGGUAAUA